UGGAAGCUUAGCUAGUUACUUAGAGUUGGGUUACAGCUGAAACGCCAUUCUUUUCUGGAACCAUACAACCAAAGUAUGAUGAGGAAUGAAGAUCAAGACCAUAUUCCACUAAGUGUUGAGGAUGCUGGAAGAUCCACACCACAACUCAUUUUAAGUUGGAGGAGCUGUUUGGAAAUGAUAGCAAAAGUUCCGAUGCCGGUAUGGAAUCGGAUAUCUAUAAUUUCAUCUGUGAUUGGAGUCUCAGCAGAUCCUUUGUUCUUUUAUGUUCCAUUCCUUGAUGAAGAAAACAAGUGCAUUGGAGUUGACAAGAAGUUGAGGAUUGCAGUCCUUAUUUUGAGAUCACUUACAGAUAGCACUACUCUGGUGUACAUUAUGCACCACAUUCGCAAAACUCUUUUCAAACAUGUUGGAUCUGAAUCCACAGGAUGGAAUUGGAAUAAAGCUAAGAAGUUCUUUCUGAAGUUCUUGUUUCAGAUUCUCAUCGUUCUUCCCAUUCCACAGGUGCUAGUCCUGGUUCUUUUCUUCAGAAUGAGAGGCGAUAAAUAUUUUGAGGAUAGAAUGAUGAUGAAUAUCUUCCUUCUUGUCCAAUAUGUUCCAAGGAUGUAUCAGAUUUAUCUAUUAUCUAAGCAACUUACAAAGCACGUCGGAAUAUUGAUCAAGGGUGUCUUCUAUUUGUUUAUGUACAUCCUUGCUAGCCAUAUACUCGGAGCCUUCUUCUACUUUCUUUCCAUUCAACGAGUAACAACGUGCUGGCACCAGACAUGUAGAAUCACUGGAGGAUGUAGAACUACUUAUCAUUGUGGCGAUCACACUAGUACUUCUGUUAAUAUCACAUUGCUUACAGAAUUAUGCCCCAUAAGUCCCUCAAACGCUACUAUGUUCGACUUUGGAAUAUUUGGUAAUGGCCUUCAGUCUGGUAACCUGGGACUGAUAGAUUUUUCAGAAAAAGUAUUCUACUUUGUCUGGUGGGGGCUGCGAAAUCUAAGUAACUUUGGCACAAAUCUGGAAACAAGCUCCUAUUUGUGGGAAAAUUGCUUGGCAAUUCUUAUUUCUGUUAUGGGUUUGCUAUUGUUUUUAUAUCUUAUUGGGAAUGUGCAGCAAUGUAUGCAGUGGGAGGCGGAAAAGGAUGAGGUGCUUAAGAGACUGAAAAAAUCAAAGGAAAAUAUAGAAUUCUGGAUGGACGACAGAGGUGUCGAUGAUGAGAAGUUAAGGAAAGAAAUCAUGGCAGACAUAGAUAAUAUACCGGAAGAAAAAAAAGGUGCUGAUCUCGACGAUCUAUUCUCAAUUCUAUCCGAGGAGACAAGUAAAUCUUUGAAGUAUUUGCUGUGUAUGAAAAUGCUAAAGAAUGUACCAAAGCUUAAAGAUAUGACUGACUUUGUGUUGAGGAGCAUCUGCAGCUAUCUAGAGCCAGUGUUAUACAAAGAUGGUACCUUUUUUGUAAAAGUGGGAGAACCACUUGAUCGUUUGAUUCUUGUUACAGAUGGCAAUAUGUUGGUCUAUACAUCAAAUAGUAUCCACAGGUGUGUGGAGGACGGUGGUGUUUAUGGAGAUGAACAACUUCUGAGUUGGGCAUCAUCCAACUCCAACAUGUUUGUCUCUUUAACAAACAUACCUAUCUCAAAAGAAAAUGUGAAAUGUAUCACAAAAGUAAAAGGCUUUGUGAUCAGGGCUGAGGACUUGGGAAACAUGUCUAUGUACAAACACACUAGGAAUUCUACCGAAUCUAACCUUGGGAAGGAGAUAGCAUUUUCUAGCACAUCAACAGAAACCUCUCCUUUCAGCAAUCAACCAACAUCGACUGUUCCUACACUAGAUGUCGAUCCCACCAGCUUCAAAGGAUUGUAG